UCUUCCAUGUCGCUACCCCCGUGGCUUUUUCAUCCAAGGACCCGGAGAAUGAACUGAUAAAGCCAACUGUUAAUGGGUGCUGAACAUUAUGAGAUCAGGUGUCAAGGCGAAAACAGUUAAGAGGCUGAUCUACACCUCAUCCACUGCAGCCAUUCGGUAUGGACCACGUAAAUUGUCCAAGUAUGACGAAAGCUCUUGAAGUGAUGUAGAUUUUAUCAUGAGGACCAAGAUGACUGGAUGGGUUAGAAUCUCAUUCCCUUCUUACCAUUUCUACUCAGAGAGAUGUUGCAUAGAACUCUUAAAGUUUGAAUCCUGUUGAGCUCCAAAUUUGUUCUAGGUGGCUCCAUGCAAUAGCACACAUAUUGGGUAUUUUGUGAUCAUGGAUCAAUAGUGAAACUGGUCAUCUAAUUUGGUAAAAGGGUUGAAAGUGAGGCAGCCAAAGGUGAAAAUUUGAAGUGCUUUUAUGAAGGAGUUGCAUGGCAAACUAUGUUAAGGCACAACCUUAUGCUUGAGCUUCAGUUGGGGAUAAAAUUGGCAUCAUCCAAAGCCCAUUGGGAUGCACAGCCCAUUUGCAAUCCUAAUGAAACCAGUACUCCUGGUAUGACAUUGGAUGUCUGUAAGUCUGUUUGAUGAGUCCACUGUCAAGUCGUACGGAUCUCUGAGGCCUCUUGCACUUAACUCUGUCAUGGGAUUCUGGAUGUCUUUCAUGUCUCAAAGAACUAGGCUUAAGUCAUCUAGGAAGAGUGAGGCUCACCAGAGCCCAGAACCCAUUCCUUCAAGACUAUUUCCAAAAGUUUAAAAUUCUCACAUUUUGAGAUGCUUACUUUCAUAGCUAAUUUGAUGGGGCUACUCUUAAGGCCCAUACUUCACAGAAAAUGUUGGAGAUAAAAUUUCUUAUUUAAAAUUUAGGCCUGUGAAGUUGUGAUUCUUAACUUCAGCGUAUGAUGCUUGUGUUAUCUUGUUUGUGUUUAGAUGUAUUUUGUCUCCAAAACUUUGGCAGAAAAGGCAGCAUGGGAAUUUGCAGAGGAGAAUAAUAUAGAUCUAAUUAGUGUUAUACCACCACUCGUGGUUGGGCCAUUUCUCGGGCCAUCUAUGCCUCUGAGCAUUACAAUGGCAUUUGCUUUGAUCACUGGAAUUGAAUAUUACUAUUCAAUUAUGAAGCAAUGUAAUUUUGUGCACUUAGAUGGCCUUUGCAAUGCUCAUAUAUUUUUGUUUUAGUACCCUGAAGCAAAGGGAAGGUACAUUUGCUGGUCCCAUAGUGCUACUAUCAUUAGCCUUGCAAAAAUGCUAAAAGAGAAAUUUCCAGAGUAUGAUAUUCCAACCAAGCCCCGUUUUUCAUUUCUUCUUGGUCAUGGCAUAGAUAUAGUUUUAGAAAAUAUGCUGAUAAAAAAAAUGGUUUUAGAAAAAUCUAUAAAAUUUCAAAUGCCAUGCAUGCUUAAUGAGUUGCCUUGCCUUUUUCUUUCAUGUUUGAUAUGAACAUGAGUACCAAACUUCAAGUUAUUGCAUCAUCAUAGCCUCCAAAGUUUUCUUUUCAUCUACCCUGUUUCCAAUCAAGUAAUAUUGAUGAUCUAACAUAGCAACCAUUCACAGGUUUGAGGGUGUGAAUGAAACCUUGGAAACCGUCUCUUAUACAUCUGAAAAGCUUCUAGACUUGGUUUCAAGUUCAACUUAGAGGAAAUGUACCUCGGGGCAAUUGAAUCAGCUUGGGAGAAGGGAUUGAUUCCCCAGUCCACACUAUAAAUCUUGUUAAUUGGAAAGGCUAAAGAUUAAAGUUGGGACUUGAGAGUUGGGAGAGCUAAUUGUGGCUACCCUCGAAGUACAGGUGAAGUCUGGAUUUAUCAAUUUACCUUUUUCUUUCUUUACCUAUUAUUUUUACUUUAUAAAGAGCUUCUCUGCUGGGCUUCUCCCUCCCUGGUCCUUUCAACUAGCAUGGAGUCCGAAACAACAGUAUGUGUGACAGGCGCAGCUGGUUACAUCGGGUCAUGGCUUGUUAUGAGGCUUCUCGWGCGGGGCUACGUCGUUAAGGCCACUGUGCGCGAUCCAGACAACUUAGAAAAGGUGAAGCAUCUAUUAGAYUUACCAAAGGCUAAGACCCACCUGACGCUGUGGAAGGCCGACMUUGUCGAAGAGGGAAGCUUUGAUGAAGUCAUACAAGGAUGCACGGGUGUCUUCCAUGUCGCUACCCCCGUGGCUUUUUCAUCCAAGGACCCGGAGAAUGAAAUGAUAAAGUCAACUGUUAAUGGGGUGCUGAACAUUAUGAGAUCAUGUGUCAAGGCGAAAACGGUUAAGAGGCUGAUCUACACCUCAUCCACUGCAGCCGUUCGAUAUGGACCACGUAAUUUGUCCAAGUAUGACGAAAGCUCUUGGAGUGAUGUAGAUUAUAUCAGGAGGACCAAGAUGCCAUUAUGGAUGCAUUUUGUCUCCAAAACUUUGGCAGAAAAGGCAGCAUGGGAAUUUGCAGAAAAGAAUAAUAUAGAUCUAAUUAGUGUUAUACCAUCACUCGUGGUUGGGCCAUUUCUAGGGCCAUCUAUGCCUACAAGUAUGACAAUGGCAUUUGCUUUGAUCACUGGAAAUGAAUAUUAUUAUCCAAUUAUGAAGCAAUGUAAUUUUGUGCACUUGGAUGACCUUUGCAAUGCUCAUAUAUUUUUGUUUGAGCACUCUGAAGCAAAGGGAAGAUACAUUUGCUGGUCUCAUAGUGCUACUAUCAUUAGCCUUUCAAAAAUGCUAAAAGAGAAAUUUCCAGAGUAUGAUAUUCCAACCAAGUUUGAGGGUGUGAAUGAAACCCUUGAUACAGUCUGUUAUACAUCUCAAAAGCUUCUAGACUUGGGUUUCAAGUUCAAGUACAACUUAGAGGAAAUGUACCUCGGUGCAAUUGAAUCAGCUAGGGAGAAGGGAUUGAUUCCUCAGUCCACACUAUAA